CUCCCAGAUCCAUCCUUUUCCCUCCUCGAUUUCAUCCGCCACUUCGCUUCCUUCCUCUCCGUCCCAGAUCCGAUCGAAUCAUCAGCUCUUCCUUCCCCUGUACGGAUCUCGUCGGCCGCCGAUCGACAACGAACUCCCCAAUUGGAGAGCCCACUUGGAUCGGAACCCUGAGCCCUCCCCGCGCAUGCCAGCGUAGAUCCGGAUGAGGAGAAGCAGCAGCGGCGGCGGGGAAGACGACCCGGAGGCGGCCAAGAUGAGCGCGAGGGCAGUGGCGGUGUCGCCAUCGCCAGCCAACGGGAGGUUCUUCACCCUCGGGCUCGUCGCCGCUUGGUACGCCUCCAACAUCGGGGUGCUCCUUCUCAACAAGUACCUGCUCAGCAACUACGGGUUCAAGUACCCGAUCUUCCUCACCUUGUGCCACAUGAUGGCUUGCUCCCUUCUCAGCUACGUCGCCAUCGCCUGGUUCAAGAUCGUGCCGAUGCAGUCCAUACGGUCGCGCAUCCAGUUCCUCAAGAUCAGCGCUCUCAGCCUCGUCUUCUGCGGUUCAGUGGUCAGCGGCAAUAUCUCCCUCCGCUACCUUCCUGUCUCUUUCAACCAGGCCAUUGGCGCCACCACUCCCUUCUUCACGGCUGUGUUUGCUUACCUCAUGACUCUCCGGAAAGAAUCGUGGCUCACGUACAUUACCCUCGUGCCCGUCGUUACCGGUGUUAUUAUCGCUAGUGGGGGGGAGCCAAGCUUUCAUUUGUUUGGUUUUAUUAUGUGCAUCGGUGCCACUGCUGCUAGGGCACUUAAGUCAGUGUUGCAAGGAAUAUUGAUGUCCUCUGAAGGGGAGAAGUUGAACUCUAUGAAUCUGCUUUUAUAUAUGGCUCCAAUAGCAGUUGUUUUUCUACUUCCAGCAACUAUUAUAAUGGAGGAAAACGUGGUUGGCAUUACAUUGGCACUUGCUAGAAAAGACUUCAACGUUAUAUGGUAUCUGCUGAUCAAUUCUUCAUUAGCCUAUUUUGUAAACUUGACCAAUUUCCUGGUCACCAAGCAUACCAGUGCUUUGACACUCCAGGUUCUAGGAAAUGCAAAAGGAGCUGUGGCAGUAGUCAUCUCAAUCUUAAUAUUCAAGAACCCAGUCUCCUUUACAGGUAUGGCAGGGUACACACUUACGGUCAUUGGAGUAAUCCUCUACAGUGAGUCCAAGAAGCGUAACAAGGGAAGUUAGUUCAAGGAGUCAGUAAGCUCUUCGGCUCGUCUAAUCAUUAUUUCUUCAUCAAACAACCCAAUAAUUUUACAGAAUCAAACAGAUGCACUCCCUCUCUUUCAUUUGCCACCAUAUCGAAUAGUUCUGUAGACGGAGCUAUUUCUUGUACCGUGUAUUAAUAAUUUCAUUAGUCAGCAUUCGUUCUGGGCCUUACUCAUGUCACUGGUUGUAGACAAAUAGGUUCAGUAGAGAAUUCAUUCUUUGGAAGUCUUAAUUCCAUUUAUAACUUCAGACUGAACAUUUUGUUGAUACAAAUGAACAUUUCCUUUUA